AUGCGCUUCACUUCUCUCAUCGCCGCCGUUGCUUCGGCAUCUCUAGCCUCCGUUGCAUCGGCGUGCCAGGCGGAUGGCACUAUUGGAAACUCACUGCCGGCUUCUAACUUGAACUGCUGCAGUGGUUGUGCUUGGAACAGCUACAUCAGUAAUAAUGUGGUCGGCCAUGAUGCGAAGCGCUCUCCUGUUGGCAAAUGUAACUCGACUGGUCCUCACGGAAGCUCUCCCAGAGGUCCAAGUGGAGGUUCCCAAGGGGGAUCUAAUGGUGGUUUGAGCCCGGGCUCUUAUGGAGCUCCCGGUGGUGGCGCUUACGGCGGCUCCAACGGUGGUUCCAGUGGUGGACCCAGUUCUGGUUGUCAAGGGGGCUUCAGCGAUUCCAACGGUGACGGUUCCAAGGGUUUUGAAACUGGAGGGCAGCCCAGCCAUGUCCCCGUCUUCAUCAGUGGUGCCGGUGAAUAA